AUGCCCUACGCCUGCUUCGCACAGGCCAAAAAGACUGUCUGGAAGUUAAAGGAAGUCCCCAGUCGAAGCGGAAACUCGCACUUUCGAAGAGCAGGAGAAAACUGCUUACUGCACCAAACUGCUCACGGGGCGGGAAUAGAGAACAACGGCGGCGCGGGAGCGGCAACCUCCUGGUGGCUGCGCAAGUGUGCCAGAAAGCCACCAGGUUGGUCACAACUCUUUCUGGGCACAGUAUGCAAAGGAAAUUUCACCCACAUGGUAGCCAAGAAAUGUCAAAGGGGACAGAGAUGUCAGCAGCAGCCAAGCCAUCUUGGAUCACUAAAAGAUUCCUUACAGGAAAGGUUGGCUGAUGUUGUGACACCACUCUAGAGGCUGAGCUAUGAAGAACAGCUCAAGACUGUCAUCAACGGCUACCGAAAGAAGUCUACCUUCUUUGUAAACUGAGGUCUGGAUGGGAAUCCAAAGACUGAAAGAUAUUAUCUGGGAACAUGGAGAGAUGGGAAUGUUGUCUGUGUGCGGUGCAGCAAUCUGAAUAACGUCCCUGAGAAACAUAAUCAAGUGACUCAGGUAAAAAGCAACCAAGGGCAUUAUAAAAUGAUCUGGGGCAUUGUCAUCUGUCACAGUAGCAACCAUGACAUUUUAAUAUUGGAACCACUGUCGGUGCUAGAGAGGAGGGGAAAUUCAGAGUGCAGAGAGAUUACUGAUGUUUUACUGUAGGAAGGGUGAGAAGGAGGGGGGAGAGAACUAUGUCUGUUAUUGUAAAUCUCAAGCAUCCAAGGCCGUUAAUAAUGGUGAAGUGUUAAGACAGAGAGCUACUGGUAAAAGCAUUGUAGCCAGUGUGAAGGCUUGACGUAAUUGGAAGGUGAGUGUCUUCAGUGGAGCAGAAUAGAGCUGUGCCAUCAGAUGUGGGAGGGACAGUAAAUUAUCUACAUCCUGAAGAGAUUUUGAUGUUCUUCUGUUUCAAGGACCUUCAGGGCCUGCUGUGUGUUACAGCUGGGGUUACAGUAGUGACUCAGCAUGUCAACAGACAUGGUGCCUGUCCUCUUGGAACCUGAAAGAAAAUAGAAGGCCAAGCCAUGUUUAGUGGGAACUGAACAAGAAUCCCACCUGAUUCUCUAGAUCCCGCAUUAUUCUUUAUUUGAAAGGGAAAGUGAUGGGGAAGGAGUGAAGGAAAAGAGUGUAUUUGCAAGAGAGAUUGAUUUUUCAUCUGCUGGUUCAUGUGAGAGAGAGAGAGAAAGAGAGAGAGAGAGAGAGAGAUAAAGUCAAUUUUCCAUAUGCUGGUUUUGAUGUGUCAUACCCCACAUGGCCAGAUGUGUUCAAGG